AUGGCGACGGAAUAUGGACUGUGGACGGUACAUCUCGAAAAUACCGCGGGUCCCUCCGAGUCCGGGACCUGCUCGAUGGACCGGACUCAUCGAACCAUUUGCGGCAUGGUGUUCCGCAACAACGCACCCAAGAUUGAAAGGGCGGCACAUAUCCGACCAAAGUUUAUGGAAUGGAGAGAAACCUGUGGGCCGUUGCAAGGUCUUAGGUUCGCCUGCCUUUGCGGCGGCCCAGUUCUCGGCCUGCUGUCGUUCAUAGCGGUCACCUCUCCCCCAUUGCCCAUUGGCACCACAAUCGCCACCCGGAACGGACAUGAGAUCGGGUCCGGAUUUAACAACGGCCUCAGGCAUGUUCAGAGCAUGUGCGAGUAGGCCCAGAGCAUGUGCGAGCAUGUGCGGCAGGCAUAGUUAAGGUGGUGGCAAUCUACUAGCAAGGUCACCUCCCUUACGGAAUACGAGAUCCUUAGUACAAAUCCAUUACGGCUGUGCACAAGCGCCUCACUAUUUAGGCUAAAAGUAGGGGGUAGGCGGUAAGGCAGGACCAAAUUAGAACCUGAUUAAGCUAUGAGCAGUGAGACGGAAUUAGGGCGUAAUUAGCUACCGGCGGUGAGUCACUGGG